CGAUUGGUCCUUUUCGACGUUACGUCACGCAAUCAAUGAACGAGGUUAUGCCGACCUAUCAAGCGAAACCUCGUAUAUCUGUGAGUGGCUUGUAGCCUAUAGAACUUAUAGGACAACGUCAGCUGACGCUGUUGUAUUUAUUUGUUUGAGUUAUUAUUUAUGUGUAUAUUGUAAGUAACAAAUCAUCAAGAAUGGCAGCUCCUAAGUCAGGUUCGAAAAGAAUGAAGUGGGCUUUGGACUUUUCCCACAAAAAUAACAAGGAAAGAAGCUCAGAGUUGGCGUCGCCACCAGGAUAUACACAUGGAGUUGCCUUGGUUCACAGCAUAGAUCACGCGAGGGAUGCAAACUCAAAUCAUUUAAUAAUUAAGAAGUCAUGGGAUUUAGCACUUGGUCCCUUAAAGCAGGUGCCAAUGAACCUGUUUAUCAUGUAUAUGGCUGGCAAUUCAAUAUCCAUCUUUCCAAUUAUGAUGGUUGGCAUGUUAAUUAUUAGGCCAGUCAAGGCUCUAUUCACACUUCAACAAACAUUCAAAGUCAUUGAAGGGACGCAUGCAUUUGGUCAAAAGUUUGUGUUCUUCUUAGGGCAAAUUGUUAACAUUUUAUUGGCACUUUAUAAAUGCCAAUCGAUGGGUCUGUUACCAACACACGCCUCAGACUGGCUUGCAUUUGUUGAGCCUCAGACAAGAGUAGAAUAUUCAAGCGGUGGUUUUGUAUACACGUAAUAUUUGUUUGCAUAAAACUUUUGUGAUAAAAGGAAAAUAAAUUAUUAUUAAGUCUCUCAAUUUUUCAAUGUAUAUAUAUAUAUUUUGUGUAUAUGUAUACCUUUACAUAAAUGAUAAAUCAAUUAUCACUUUAGAAAAAUCAUCGCAAACUAAAAUGUAUAUAAAAAAAAUAUAGAUCACUCAUGUAUGUACAAUUGAAUUACAUCUUGGAAUUUAAAAAUAACAAUUAGUCAUAGUAGCAGCAAUCAUUUCUUCUUGUGAUCAUCUGCGAAUUCUUUUAUGCGUUCAAUAAUUUUGCCAGGUUCAUCAACUCGAGGAAUCUGAAAUGACAGUUCACGAUAACGGAGUGACAAAUAAAGAUAUGAACAAA